AUGGCUUGUUUCCUUCCAAGUCAAGACCUAGGAACCAAUGUGAGUGUUAGCAGAGAAGAGUUCUUCAACUUCCACAGCAUCGACCGUCUUCUCUUCACCCGUUUGGUGGUGGUGCUCCGUCGUGACACCAGCCAAUCCACCCAUGUGAUGGCCUUCUUGAUGUGGCUUGAAAAACAGUGCAAGAACAUGUGCAUGAUCAAGAACUUGCUGCAAUGGUCUGACCCCAUGAUCAAUAGCCUUGCAGAUGAGGCCACGUUGGUUUUGAAGUGCAUCGAGAGUUCCCAUUUCCCUUACGAUGAUGCUGCUUUCAAAGACGAGAACUUGCCUUUGAUCAGAAGCAUCUUGCACCAUUCCGCAUCCUUCAAAUACUUCCACCAUAACCGUGUGGUUAUCAUUGGAGCAAUCACCAAGUUGCUGGACAACGUUUGUGUGAGAGCCUUCACAGACAUAGUGCAAGAAGUGCAGUAUGCGAAGGGUGUGAGGGAACAGAAGAUGGAGUUUGAAAAAGCUUAUGGAGCAAGUCCUUAUGUCAAACAUGUGGUGUAUCAUACUCCAGUGCCUCCUGGUGUUGCUGUUGUGUCUCAAAAUGCUGCAUUAGCAGCACCACCACAAUGGGGUGAAGGAAGUUCCAAUGGCAAUGCUUAUCUUCCUGUGCAGAGUUAUGAUGUUUCAAACCAACAACAUUUGAAUGAGCUUGUUGCCAUGAUGAAUCAAACUAGUAUUACUUCUACAAGCAGUGAUCAAAUGCAGGAGGUGCCUGUUGAUGAGAGGAUUAUCUUCAUGACAUUCUCUAAGGGCUACCCUAUUUCGGAGUCUGAAGUUCGAGCUUUCUUUGCAAGAAGGUAUGGCGAUAUAGUUGAAGAACUGUAUAUGCAAGAGGUGGUUCCACCUGAUCAGCCAUUGUAUGCUCGUGUAGUGAUUCGGUCAAGGGCAGUUGAUAUGGUUGAUUAUUUGCUUGAGACCACAAACAAAGUCAAGCUCUCCAUUAAUGGCAAGCAUGCUUGGGCUAGAAAAUAUCUUCGCAAAGGAAACAAAUCCCCGCCAACUUCUCGACCAUCUUCACCAACCCAGUUUUCUUGA